AUGCCAAAGCACCCGUCACAUGUGCCACUCAGGAGCCCUGGUGAAGAGACAAUCGACAGGGCCCUGAGGGACGAAGAGGCAAUGCAAAUCCACCGAGCUUUGAGUAGGGAAGCUCUAGAGGAGGAGCAAGCAGUUCUCAAGCUGAAGCAGUUGCAGGCAGAUGAAGCUCGGGAUGCAGAGGAAAUGGCAAAGCUUCAGGCUACAAUGCAGCAGAGACAGCUCGAGUCCCAGGCCCAGGCGAAAGCGGCCCUUCUUGCCCGCUCCCGUUCGCAAUCCAGCCUCUGCUCCGAGCCGUCAACAUCAGCUGGCAGCCCACCAGCACCAUCCAUGCAGCAGGCCACCAGGACCGGCACGCCAUCACCCCCCAGCGAGCCUUCGGCAGCACGUGCAGAGGCUAUUGGAAAGGAUGAUCUCAGUCCGGAGCAGUUGACACAGCUGUGCCAAGCCCAGAAGGAGCUGUUGACCACACCGAACUCCAGAUGUGGUGCCACCAAGCAGGAGCUGCUGAGGGACUUUGUGUUGAAAUGCUACAAGCAGAACGACUACGAAGGAAACAAAGAAUCUCGGCUGAGGGAGAAAACGAAGUCCCAGAAAACCAACUUGGUCCGUGGGUGGUGCACGGAACAAGAGAUGGUCAAGCUGGGAUGGAACAAGGUGAAAGGAGCCAUGCAGUAUUGCACCCGCCACAAGCUCACCAAGCGAUGCAAGUACACAAACGAGGAAAAAUUCCUCGUCGAGCUGGAGGACAAGGUGGACGACGAGUUGAUGACACGGUUGAAGCUGGAGGAGGAAAUGAGUGCCAUAUGCGGCGACUUUAAGGACGAUGACCCCGUGUUUGCAUUCAACCUCGCAGCUGCCUUGGAAGAUGAUGACCAGGGUCUGCCUGCUUCGAGCGCCGGCAGCAAGAAGGUCGUGCUCGAGGAGUGGCCGGAGAUCCUCGAAGACAACUUGAGUCUUAGGAUCAAGAAAUUCAAAGACCAUGCCGUCAAGAGGAAAGGUGUCUUCAAAACCACGGAAGACAGGCUCUUGGAGGAGAAGUGUGCUGGGCACGAGACUGACUUCAAGAACCUCAAGUCAGCUCUAGGCUCGUCGGUGCGAGUGGCCGCGAUCUCGUCGAUGAAGUCGUCACUUCUUUCAUCGUACCUCGGUGUGUCGAGGAAGAUCGCCAAAACCCAUGGUACUGGAUCUGGAAAUCAGUUCCGCGGCCUUGUUCGAAGUUUGGAAAGGCUGUUUUCCUACAUGCUUAACAAUGGGUACUCCAAGCUACUGCUGGGAGGCUACGAUGUCAAAACGGACGAAUCCAGAACUGUUCUUCGGCAGUGGUGGGAACGAUACAGGGCCCACGACCCCCGUCAUCCAGUCUUCAGCAGCACAGCAUUGGCGGACACGGUGCCACUGGCUCUGUAUGGAGAUGAGGGGACUGGUAAACGAAAGCACCCUUGUUACAUCCUUGCAACCAAGGCAAUGCUCAACUGUCGCAACAACAGCUACUAUCGCAACUUCUUGUACACGAUCGCUGCCCAUGAGCUAUACCGGGGAUUUCACAAAGGUUCAUCGCAAACUAACGAGUGUUUGGAUGAGAUUGUGCGACAAUACUCGCUGGAAGCUGGCUCUCUCUUUCGAGAAG